AUGGCGCAACCGCGCAAUAAUCCUUUCGCUAGGACUUCGCCCGGUCCUAGCAGCAGUCGGCCGAAAUCCGCAAUCUUCUCCUCCCCAUCUCCGCUAUCAGCUGUGUCUACGCCAACGUCGCAUGUCAAAAACAAUUCGACUGCGUCAAUAGCACCCGCGGCACCUGCGGCACCCGUCAUGUUCUCGGGAACUGGUCACUUCCGCCAUAACCGCUCAGAUUCGAGGAACAGUGGCUCUGGGACCUUUGCGCCCUCGUUCAUCAAGGCCGAGGAAAUGCGCGGAGAGUCUAACGCGGUCAGGGGCAUCGAGGGAGAGAAUGACUUCUCGGGAAAGCGUUAUGUGUGGCUUAAGGACCCACACGCCGCUUUCGUGAGGGGUUGGGUGGUUGAAGAAACCGGAGGCAACAAGAUCCUCGUUCAGUGCGACGAUGGCACACAACGAGAAGUAGACGCUGAAAGCGUCGACAAAGUCAACCCUGCCAAGUUCGACAAGGCAAACGAUAUGGCCGAGUUGACCCAUCUGAACGAAGCAUCUGUGGUCCACAACCUCCACAUGAGAUAUCAAGCCGACCUGAUCUACACCUAUUCUGGUCUCUUCUUAGUCACAGUCAACCCUUACUGUCCGCUGCCGAUAUACACAAACGAAUAUAUCAACAUGUAUAAGGGCAGGAGUAGGGAAGACACAAAGCCUCACAUCUUCGCCAUGGCCGAUCACGCCUUCCGCAACCUAGUGGAUGAGGGCGAAAACCAGAGCAUCCUCGUCACUGGCGAGUCUGGUGCCGGCAAAACCGAGAACACCAAGAAGGUCAUCCAGUACCUUGCGGCUGUUGCCCAUUCAGAGUCCCCGGUCAAGAGCAAGUCUCAACAAUCGAACCUCUCUCAACAGAUUCUCCGCGCCAAUCCUAUUCUCGAAGCCUUCGGCAACGCUCAGACGGUACGCAACAACAAUUCCUCGCGAUUUGGAAAGUUCAUCCGUAUCGAGUUCAAUCGAAGUGGUGCAAUUUCUGGAGCAUUCAUCGACUGGUACCUCUUAGAAAAGUCUCGUGUUGUGAGGAUCAAUGGGCACGAGAGAAACUACCACAUCUUCUACCAGCUUCUCAAGGGUGCGGACAGGAAACUGAAGCAGGAAUUCCUCCUGGAUGGCAUGGACGUCGAGGAUUUUGCGUAUACGCGCGCCGGUCAUGACACCAUUGUUGGAGUUUCUGAUCGCGAGGAGUGGGAUUUGUUGAUGGAGGCCUUCAGUGUGAUGGGCUUUUCAGACAAGGACCAAAGCUCAAUCAUCCGUACCAUUGCGGCCGUCUUGCACUUGGGAAACAUCUCCGUUGUCAAGGAAAGUCGUGCUGCAGACCAAGCCCGGCUGGCCCCCGAUGCCAAGGAGCAAGCAGCCAAGGUGUGUAAGCUGCUCGGUGUCCCCCUUGAGCCAUUCUUACAAGGCCUCCUUCACCCCAGAGUCAAGGCAGGCCGCGAAUGGGUCGAAAAGGUUCAGACACCUGAGCAGGUCCGUCUGGGACUUGACGCCUUGUCCAAGGGUAUCUAUGAAAGAAGUUUCGGCGACCUCGUUACACGUAUCAACCAUCAGCUAGAUCGCACGGGUAUGGGACUGGACGACUCGCGCUUCAUUGGUGUUCUGGAUAUCGCCGGUUUCGAAAUCUUCGAGGAAAACAGCUUUGAGCAGCUCUGCAUCAACUACACCAACGAAAAGCUUCAGCAGUUCUUCAACCACCACAUGUUCGUUCUCGAGCAAGAAGAAUAUGCGAGGGAACAGAUUGAGUGGCAGUUCAUCGACUUUGGUCGAGACCUCCAACCCACAAUCGACCUUAUCGAAUUGCCCAACCCCAUCGGUAUAUUCUCUUGCUUGGACGAGGACUGCGUGAUGCCCAAGGCGACGGACAAGUCCUUCACCGAAAAACUGAACUCUUUGUGGGACAAGAAGUCGAACAAGUACCGGCCCUCUCGGCUUGGCCAAGGCUUUAUCCUUACACACUACGCGGCUGAAGUCGAGUAUUCCACUGACGGCUGGCUUGAGAAGAACAAAGACCCAUUGAAUGAUAACAUCACUCGCCUUCUUGCAUCCUCCACAGACAAGCACAUUGCCGACCUCUUCGCCGAUUGCACCGACGUUGACGAUGACCCUGGGGCCAGUCGUAACAGGGUCAAGAAGGGACUCUUCCGGACUGUGGCUCAGCGCCACAAAGAGCAGCUUCACAGCCUGAUGGCCCAGCUUCACUCGACUCACCCUCACUUCGUUCGCUGCAUCCUGCCAAACCACAAGAAAAAGCCCAAACAGUUCAACAAACUACUCGUCCUAGACCAGCUGCGAUGUAAUGGUGUGCUAGAAGGAAUCCGUAUUGCCCGAACUGGUUUCCCCAAUCGCCUCCCCUUUGCCGAAUUCCGUCAGCGCUACGAGGUUCUCUGCAAAAACAUGCCGAAAGGUUACCAGGAGGGCCAGGCUGUGGCAGCAAUGAUGCUUGAGAAGCUCGGGCUGGAUAAGAGCUUGUACCGGGUGGGUCUUACGAAGGUCUUCUUCCGAGCUGGUGUCCUGGCCGAACUGGAAGAACAACGAGACGCCCUCAUCACCGAGAUCAUGUCUCGGUUCCAGUCUGUUGCACGCGGCUACAUCCAGCGACGUGUCGCCUACAAAAGGCUGUUUCGAACCGAGGCCACACGUAUCAUUCAGAAAAACUUCAAUACCUACCUUGACCUUAUGGAAAACCCGUGGUGGCAGCUUGUCAGCAAGAUGAAGCCCCUCCUGGGAGCCACCCGCAGCGCUACAGAGGUCAAGAAGAGGGAUACAAUGAUCCGUCAGCUCCAGGACAAGAUGAGGCAAGAGGCUGAAGACCGCCACAGGCUAGAGGAGGACAGGCGCAACGUCCACAGCGAGAUGAUCCGUAUUCAGCAGACCUUGGAGAGUGAGCGCGCACUUGCCCUUGACAAAGAGGAAAUCUUCAAGCGCCUCCAGGUGCGAGAAACGGAACUCGAAGAAAAGCUCUCCGGCGCCAUAGAAGACCAGGAGAGACUGGAGGACCAACUCGACGACCUGUUAGAAGCCAAGAAGAGGGCGGAGCAAGAUGUCGAGAAGUACCGAGCUCAACUGGAGCAAGCGGCUUUGCUGAUCGCGAGAUUGGAGCAAGAAAAGUCGGAACUCUCAGCACGAACCGAAGAGCUGGAGCGCUCCAUCCAAGAGAUCUCUCAAAAGCAAUCGGAACGCAGUGAGCAGGAGCGACUGCUUGAAGAGGAGAUCAAGAUGUUGCAGAGCCAGCUCAACCUCAAAGAUCGUAAAGCACGGGACUUGGAGAGCAAGCUUCUCAAGGUCGACCAAGAUCUCGAAGUCAAGUUGCGAACAGCGCAAAAGGAACUCCAGUCAUCCAAAUCGAGAGAGUCCCAGCUUGCUCUCGAGAACCGCCAGGUCCAGCAGCAACUCUCCGAGCUAUCCAAGACUUCGACAGAUUACGAAGAUCUCGUGCGGAAGAAGGAGAGUGAGCUUUCUGUUCUUCGAGGUGAUAACAAGAAGUAUGAGAUGGAACGCCGCACCUUUGAGGAACAGAAGAAAUCUCUGGUAUCCGAGAAGGAAAACGCUGCAGCCAAGCUUCGGGAAGUCCAGGCUGAGAUAACUGCCAUCAAGUCACAGCAAUCUCAGCUUGAAAGGGAAGCAGAAGACGCAAAGAAGCUCCUCGAAACUCGCCUCUCCGAAGAUGCUCAGGCAGAUAAGAACCGCCAGGUUCUGGAGGCCCAGAUCAAAGAUCUAAAGGAUGAGCUCUUCAACAUCCAAAAGGAGCUUAGCAGGGAACGCCAAUCCCGAGACGAUGUCUUGCUACUUAGCGAGCACAAGUUCAACACCCUCCAGGAAGAGUACGACCACCUGAACGAAUCGAAGAUUAUUAUAGAAAAGGAGCUCUACGUUCAACAAGAUAACCUGCGACGGACCAAGGAAGCCCGCGACACGGCCGAACGGGAACGCGACGAAGCAAGGCAGGAGAUCAGACGACUCCGCGUCGCCAAGACUCAGGCUGAAGAAACUCGUAUGCAAGCUGAGAUCGAAGGCGAACGGGCCGUCUCUCGAGCCGCUCGUGAAAGAGAGGAAAGUUUGCGAAAAGACCUGGAUGCCGCUCAAGAACGCCUAAAGUGGUUCGAAGACGAGUGCGCUAAUCUCAAUCGACAAGUUGAAGAUCUCAACAAGCUCAUCCUCUCCUCUGGUGAAUUCGGGCUCAAGAAUGAUCAGGAGAAGGAACGACUUGAGCGAGAGUUGGUUACUGUCAAAGGUCGCCUCAAGGCCUCGGAAAACGACAAUCGCGCCCUGCUCAACAAGCUCCAGCAAAAAGGGCUUGAAAUCGCACGUUCGAGCUCGAGAGCAAGCGAAGCCUCGAGGAGCCAGGUGCUGGGCCUGCAACGUGAAAAGGCCCGAGCUGACGAGCAGAACACACAGCUGAACAAACAGCUCGGUGAGGCUCAGUUAACAAUCGCUGGCCUAGAGAAGAAGGUGGAAAAGUUGCAGCUCAACUUGGAAGACCUGAACCACGAGGUGGCUCGGGAAGCUAAGACCUCGAGGAAUGCUGAAAAGACGGCGUCGACAGCCACAGCGCAACUAGCGGAAGCCAACCGAACCGUUGAAUCUGAACGCCAGCUUCGUACGCAGGCGCAGGCCACUGUUCGCACUCUGCAGUCGACUAUGGAAGCUAGGGAGAAAGAGUUACAGGAGUUGAGAGCUCAGAUGCUGAAGGUUCUCAAGACAGUCGAUCCCGGAGUUGUCAUCCCGCCUCAAGCAGACGGCGCAAACGAGGACACGCUUAGCAAGAAAUUCGACCUGGUUAGGAAAGUUGAGGAUCUCCAGCAAAACCUCCGUGUACAAACCGCUGCUCGGACCAACGCUGAGGCACAGCUGGCUGAGCUGCGCUCCGCCCGGGUUGACUCUCCCGUGAGAGGCAAGCUCGAAGAAAUGAGUCCUAAUGAGGCUCCUUUCAACGGUUCGCCCACAUUCCGGCGGUCCAAGUUGCAGGCGCGCCAGUACUCGAACAACUCGACUCCCACUCGACGAAUCGAAUCAGAACCUCUUGACUCGGCUCGUUCCGACAAGACUGCGGAUAUCUUGAGCUUCAACAACCGCAUGGAUCUCAAGGCCGAAGUCGAGGAGUUACAAAACCAGCUCCAGAUCGCUGAGAUGCAGAACCGGCAUCUCCAGAGCCAGCUCGAGCGCACCUCGUCUCCUCCGGACGAUUUCGACGAGAACUCUUCGGUUCUUCGGGUGCAGAAACUUGAGAAGGUCAACAGACGCUUGCACGACAUGCUGGACGACUCGGCUAAGAAGGUAUCGGCUCUGGAGAGAUGCAUCAGGACUGGCGAGCUAUCUCUGCGUGAUAUUCAGACCCGAUCGCACGAGGAGAUUCUCGACGCGCUCAACAGCCAAGAAGAGGCGCGUCGCUCACUUCUGCAUAGCCAUAGGGAUGCCAUCUCGGAACUAUCAGAUGUCAAGAACCAUUUCGAAAGGAUGCGCCACGACCGGGCUGCCAUCGAAGUUGAACUCCGCGACACCAGGUCCGAGCUUGAAGAAAUGACAAUGGCUCGCGAGCAAGAAGCCGCCAGCCGAAGCCAGCUUCUGCAAGAAUUCUCCGAUCUGCAGAUCCGACUUGACAACGAAACCUCCAAACUUGCCGACGUCACGUCCAGUUUGAGCCUGUACAAGAGUCGUGCUGAUGAGUAUUUCAGUAAGGUGGAGCAGGCGGAAAUCGCGGUUUUGAAGGCCAGUCGUGCAGAACAGUUUGCGAAGACGCAAGCCAAGGAAGCUGAGGAGACAUGUGCCGAGAUCAUGUCUGAAAGAGAGAAGAUGGACUCCACCAUCGAAGAUUUGCAACGUCAGAACCAGAGACUGGAAGAGAAACUUGAGGACCUUUCGACUGAUCUUGAUGCCGCAACCCAAGCUAAAAAGCGCCUGCAGCACGAGCUCGAGGACUACCGGAACCAGAGAGCUAAUGAUAUUGAGGACAAGGAAAUGAGCAUGGAGCAGACUCGGAAGAAGUACCAGGCCGAGUUCGCCACGCUGACCAAGGAGCUGGACCUGGCCCGUGAAGAAAAGCUCUUCAAGCAAGCGGAGAUCGCCCGCUUGCGCGAGGAGCUUGACGAUCUGCGCUCUAAGUGGGACGAUGAAGUUCUCAACAGCUCGACAUGGUCAAAGGAGAAGGCGCGCCUGGAAUCAACCCUGGCCGACGUUGUGUCCUCGCGUGAUGAGGCUGUGAAUGCCCACAGCGAUGCCCAAGGCAAGAUCGUUACCCUAUUGUCCCAAGUUCGAUCCCUCCGCGCGUCGGUGGAUGAAGUUACCUCCGAGCGGGACUCCCUCGUUCGAGAGAAGCGCAAUAUCGAGGCUCGCCUGGAGGAGGCCAAGGCUGGUCUUGAGGACCUCACAAACGGCGACAGCGCUUCCCUGCGUGACGCUGCAAACAUCGACAAGGAGAUGUUGGAACUCAAGUCCAGUCUGGCACAGAAGGAAGACAUUGCCGCAGCCGCGGUAGAAAAGAUGAGACGUGCUGAAGCAUUGGCGUCGGAAAUGCAAAAGGAGGCCAUGGUUGAACGUGAGGCCAGCACCCAGCUUCAAAAGGACAAGGCAGCCCUCGAGAAGGCUUUGAACGAGAUCCAGAUCAGAUGUGUCGAUCUCGAAACUAAGGGCUACUCGAGUGCCAGCCACGACAUCAAAUUCCUGCACAAACGCAUCCAAGAGCUUGAGUCCCAGCUUGAAGAGCACGAAAAUGAAAGAAAUAAGUCCCAGCGAUCGGUCCGCAAUGUGGACCGGAUUGUCAAGGACCUUCAGGGCCAGAUCGACCGCAAGGACAAGCAGAACACGCAGCUACAAGAUGAUGUGGCCCGCAUGCGUGACAAGGCCGAGAAGCUUCUUCAGACGAUCGAGGACCUUCAGUCGUCGGAGUCUGAAAACCAGCUCCAAGCACGCCGCGCCGAGCGGGAACUUCGCGAGGAAAAGGAGAGAGCCAUGCGCCUCGAGCGUGAGCUUGAGAGCAUCAAGGCCUUGAGGUUCGAAAAAGGAGCCGCCUCCGCCAUGGGAAGCGUUCGCGGUGCCUGGCGUACGGGGUUCAGCGUCGACGACGACACGGCCUCGAUGAUAUCUGUGCCCAAGCGGAAAAGCAGCCUUAGUCGGGCGCCUAGUCUCACCAAGGGUUUCUUGUAA